AUGGAGGAAGAGCAAAACACUGAUGAAGCACAGCUGGAUGUUUUAGACAUGCUGAUGAGACCCCCUUUUCCUGGGACCAUGCAAGAGGCCAUGGCCUACUGGGAGUACUUGGACUGCCAGACUGUGUCCUGUGAUGCCUGGCUGUGGAGGAGGAACCUGGGCAAACCAGUUGGUGUGAAAGAAGCAUUGAACCUGAUGGACUACAGGCAUCUCCAGCCACAGCAAGCUGAAAUCCCCAGGGCCAUUUUCAAACUGCACCCUCUCAUUAAGGCUUUGGUGCAAGUCAGCCCCAGUGCAGAAAUCAAGUACAGGAAUUUGAAGCACAGUCUGACAGUGGCUGUCCACAAGUUUGGAGCUGAACUCUUGAACCAGUAUUGGGAGGUGGAAGCAUCUUUGCUACCUGGGAGGGCUGCUGACAGCAUACUUGUCCUCCUUAAACACUGGAGGAGGGUGACAGCCAGUCCAACAAGUUGGGAAAGGUUUGGCACCAAGCUUGACACAGCACAGCUCCAAGUGCUCGCUGGGUUAUACAAGAAGACUGGGAAAACAAAUUUUUGUGUGGCAUCAGGCACCAGGAAGCUGAAGAAAGAGGUGUCAGAUGUUACAAUUGGAUCUGAUGGCUGGCCUGCAAUGUUGGCCACCUCUUCUGCAUCAGAAACAGAGGCUGGUUCUGAUGAUGCUCCUGAAGGCCCUGAGGCUUCUGAAGCUUCUGCUGCACCCAGCAACUCUUUGCUUGGGAGCCCACCUCCUGUGACCAAAGCCAAGUGGAGGGAAAAGGCUGGCAAGCCUGUGAAGAAAAGGCCUGCUGGGAAAACAAAUGAAAAGAAUGACAGUUGCCAAAAAAAACCAGCAGCAAAGAAAGACAAAGCAGCAAAAGUGAAAAAGAAUCCAAUGGGCACAGGCUUGGGGCCAGAGACACCAAUUUCUCAGGAGACCCUGAGCAUAGGUGGUGGCAAGAACCAGUCCUACAUACAACACAUGCCUUUGGGCCCCAACACUGACAAGAAGCUUGUGGUCAGUGUGUCCUUGGCCCAAGCCACCAAGCUCAAGGUGUCCCACAAGCAGCUGGUGGAGGAGCUCUUGCCUGCUUGCCAAGAGGCUGGUGCCACCAAGGGCUCAGUGUCGGUCGCCAAAAAGGAGCAGAAGCAAGAGCAAAAACCAGGCCAUGCCAAUGCCCAAGGCAGUGCCAUGCAGAGACAGAGGCUGGCAGCUGUGAGGGAGGUCCAAGGCCAGCCCAAGAAUGAACUGGAGGACCAAGUGCAGAGGCUCUCUGCUAUGGGCCAGUCCAGGUUCAAGAGGAUGCUGAAUAGGAAAGAAAAACAAGAAAAGGCUGAGAAGGAGAAGAAGGAGGUGCAUGCCAGUCCCACAGAUCUGCACCAGCUCCUGCAGGACCAGCCAAUGCUCACAAAAAAGGCCUUGGGAAAGGGCAAAAAGGCCUUGAGAAAGGGCAGCAGGAAGAAGAAAGCAGCACAAGCAGCAGCAACUCUGACCAGUCCAGCCCAUCUACAGAUGGAGAAAAAGGAAAAGGGAAAAGGUGGAGCUAAGGCUGCACCAGAGGUGAAAAAGGAGGUGGACCAGGGCAAUGGAAGUGCCAAAGCCCUGAGGAAGGGCCAAAGCCCUGAGGGACCAGCCCUGCACAAGGGCAAAGCCCUGCAAAAGGGCAAAGCCUUGCAAAAGGGCAAAGCCUUGCAAAAGGGCCAGAGAGAAGCCCUUUGGGGUCGCUUUAGCAGGGCAAGGGAUGCCCUGAAGGACACCAAAGCCACAGAGCUGUGGGGUGACCUGAAGAAGGCUGGCAUCUACCAGAAAGAGUUGGUUGCCUUGACUGAAGUUUCAGGCAGCUUGGCUGGCAGAACCCAAGUUUCAAUGGGUGUUCUGGCUGCAACCUCAUUCCUGCUGCUUGUGAACAGGGGGUCCAUCAGGGUCAGGAAAGACCCAAAGGACCAACAAGAGUGGCAGUUCUGCCUGGAGACAGCAGUUGUCUUCAGUGACAAGCAGUCCAAGCAUGAGAUGAACAUGGAGGCUGCCACCAAACUGGAAGCCAUCCAAUGGAUGGAAGCCAGAAAGGCUGGCACCAUGUUGAGCCCUGAGGAAGGGCUGGCAGCAAAUGCCUUGAAUGAUGUCCUCCCCACCAGUGCCAAAAAAAAGGCUAAAGAGCUUGCAGCUAUCAAAGACAAAGAGUCAGAUGAAGAAGGUGAUGCAGAAGAUGAGGAAGAAGAUAGCAAAAAAAUACUCAAUGCAGCUGCAAAGGAAGCUGACCUCCUGUCAGACAUGGGGGGUAGCAAAAGCAAAGACCUCACAGCCAAGAGAAUCUUGAAGAUGCUCAAACUGGUCAAGCAACUUAAUGCUGACCUUGCAAAGGGCAGCUCAGGGAGUAAGGCAGCAAAGCACCAGAAAGAUUUGCAAAGUUGCCAAGUUGAGUUGCAAAAACUUAGCAAACAGGGGCAGAAGGUCAAGCUGGAAGUUGCCAAGGACACACUCUUUGAAGCAGCACUGGCUGUAAAGAGAGCAGAAAAGGGGCCUUCCAUCCAAGCACUUGCUAUGGCUGCAAGCAAGUCAGGGGCACCCACCAGUGAUAUCCAGGAGCUUGCAUCCCUUGGCAACCAUGGCCAGAAUCCCAACCACAUUGCCCACCAAUUGCAAUCCAAGUACUGUGAAAGCACUGACAUAGACUUGCCCAUGCCCUACUUUGUGGAGACCCCUGUGCAGCUCAGAACAGCAGAUGGCUUGUCUGUGGCACAGAAGAAAGUAGGGAUGUUCUUACCACAUGAGUGGUUUCAUUGGCUUUGUGGCCAAGACCAGGCUAUGUCAGGGUUGCAAAAUGUUGAAGAGUUCUGGAGAGAACACAGUUCAAGAGACCCACAGCUGAAGAACAACAUCAUCAAAGAGCACAGACAUAAAUCUUUGCCCUGUGGCUUACAUGGAGAUGGAGGCCAAUUCCAACGAAAUGAUAGCAUCAAUGUGAUCAGCAUGAGGAGCCUGCUAUCCAGCCUCAAUGUUGCUUCAAGCCAACUCUUGCUACUGGCUUUGCCAAAGGGUGCCAUCAACAAAAGCCCUGAUGAUGCAGCUUGUGACACCAUGAAGGUCCUUUGGCAAGUACUCCAAUGGUCUUGGGAAGCUGCUUUCUACAACAAGUUUUCUGAAUUUGACCAUGCAGGGAACCCUUGGCCAGCAAAGUCUUGGAGACAGCAGAUGGCUGGUCAACCUUUGAGCAGAGAAGGCUUCAGAGCUUGCAUCUGGGCAGUGCAGGCAGAUGGUGAGUACCUCCAGAAUGAGUUCCAGCUGAAAGGUGCGUCACAUGAGGAGAUGUGUUUCAAUUGCUCAGCAAACAAAAGCACUCUGCCCUACAAUGACUUCAGGCCCACUGCAGCUUGGAGGGCUACAGUGGUGGAGAAUGCAGGGGCAUGUCCUACAGAUCAUGUGAUCAGCACCAUUCCAGGUGUGGUUGGUGAAACCUUCAAAUAUGACACCCUACAUGUGCUAGAGGAAGGCCUCACAGCACAUGUGCUGGCCAAUGUCCUCUUUGACCUGGUUGUGAAGCCAGGCCUGCCAGGAACACAGAAUGAGAGACUGACCUACCUCUUUAGGAAAAUCUGCACCCUCUACCAAGAGCAAGGCAUUGAGGCCAGUGACAGGAUCAGGAAGCUGACACUCUCUACUUUCUGUUCUCCAAAGGGCAAGCAUGAUCAGUUUCCUACUUUGACAGGGGUGAAGGCUAGACACUGCAGGUGGCUGGUACCUGUGCUGGAAGAGAUAUGUUUGGAAUUCCAGAGUACAGAGGACAAGUACAGUGUACAUCGGUUUCAAACUGUCAAGCACCUCAACCAGCUCUACACAACCUUGGACUGCAGUGGCAUGCACCCCACAGGGGAAGAAGCAACUUCUUUCAAAAAAAGCAUGAACCUUUGCCUCCUACACUACUCCAGGCUGUCAGUGUUGAGCAUCCAGAAAGGAAUUCUACAAUGGAAUGUGACCCCCAAGUUCCACUUGUGUGAGCACUUAGCAAGUGUCUUUCAGUGGUUCAAUCCUAGAUUUUACUCCUGUUAUGCUGGUGAAACAAUGGUGGGCCACCUAUCAGCCCUUGCUCAUUCCUGCCUGAGUGGCACUGCCCCCUACCAGGUGGCCAGUAAGGUCACUUGGAGAUACAGGUUAGCUCUUCACCUGAGGAUCCAAGGAGCUGAUUUUUCAUGGCAAGAUAUAGAAAGUGAUUAA